UAUGUUCGCAGUCUCUGGUCAUCUCCUGUACUAUGUCCACAGUCUCUGGUCAUCUUUUGUACUGUGUUCGCAGUCUCUGGUCAUCUCCUCUAGUAUGUAUGCAGAUUCUGGUCAUCUCCUGUACUGCAUACGCAGUCUCUGGUCAUCUCCUGUACUAUGUCCGCAGUGUUAUGUCAUCUCCUGUACUAUGUCCGCAGUCUCUUGUCAUUUCCUGUACUAUGUCCGCAGUCUCUGGUCAUCUCCUGUACUAUGUCCGCAGUCUCCGGUCAUCUCCUGUACUAUACCUGCAGUCUCUGGUCAUUACCUGUACUAUGUCUAUUGGUCCAGAAUAUUUUUUUCUUGUUUUCCUCCUCUA